AUGGCUUCUUCUGUGCUGAGUUGCUUCACGGGUCCCGAGGUGCUGGAGGACGUGAAUCACUCUCGGAGUUUGAUGAACGAGCUGAAAUCUCUGUACGACCUCCGGCUGCUCGGGGACGUCACUAUCGGUGUUGAGCGCGAGGAGGACAACGAAGUCCCCGGAGGACAUGACGUCGGUCAGCUGUUCCUGUGCAGCCGCAACGUCCUCGCUGCUGCCAGCCCCUACUUCAGAAGCAUGUUCACCGGGGGGUUAAAUGAAAGCAUGCAGGAGAGUGUGCUCAUCCGAGGAGUAGACUCUGAAUCCAUGUCUGUCAUUAUAGAUUAUUGUUACACGGGCAGGGUGGCCAUCACUGAAAGCAGCGUCCAGAGGCUCUACUCAGCUGCCAACAUGCUCCAGAUCGAGUACAUCAGGAAAGCUUGCUCCAGCUUCAUGACAAGGAGGCUGGAUCUCUCCAACUGUGUGGGGAUACUCAAAUUUGCAGACACCUAUGACAAUCCUGAACUGAAGGAGAGCGCCAGAGCUUUCAUUGCCAGGAACUUCAGCCAGGUGUGUAACGCUGGAGAGCUCUGCGAGCUGAACUUGGUGCAGCUGAAGGAGCUGUUGACUCUGGAUACUCUGGACGUGGACUGUGAAAAGGUGGUGUGCUCGGCUGCUUUGCAGUGGAUGGAGGUGAACGCGCCACUGCAGAAAGAUGAUUCGUUGCAAGCCCUGAAAUGCGUGCGCUGGAACUUGUUCAGCGAUAAGGACAAGUGUUAUCUGGAGAGUCUCAUGACGAGGCCGUUCAUGAAAAAAUACCUGGCGUUCUUUUUUAACAGGUCUGCAGACGACAGCCUUGGAAUGUCUGCAGCUCAGGAAGUACCAAAACACAGAAUUGGUGUGAGCGCCAAAGAGAUGAUCCUCUUCUUCGGCCUGCCAAAUGACAACAUAAUGUGCUGUGACCCUUACUCAGAGGACUUGUAUUUCAUGGCUCCUCCUUCAGAAGAUCUCAGCACUCGGGAUUAUAAACAAUCCACAAUGGAGUCAUUAAUCGCCUGUGCCACACCAGAAAACAACUUGUAUCUAGCUUCACACCUUUCCAAACAGUUCUGGCUGUACAAUCCUGUCCUCAACAGCUGGCAGGAGCUGGCAGAAAGGCCUCUGGGCAGAAUACACUCCGGGAUGGGCUACCUGAACGGCCAUGUGUAUCUUCUGGGAGGGAGAAAUCCAGUGACUGAUGCCAGACUGAAAGAGGUGGAGUGUUACAGCAUCCAGAGGAAUCAGUGGACAUUUGUGGCUCCCCUGCCUCACUCUUUGGGUAAAAUGCAAGUGGUGGCACUAAAUGAUCACUUGUAUGUGGUAAACAAAAGGAGAAUGCUUUGCUAUGAUCCCAAGAGGAAUCGCUGGCGCCACUGUGGCUCACUUCGAGGAGACAAGCUUCACAAGGCCUGCAUCUUCCAGGACCAGAUCAUCUGUGUGUGUGAUAUACCCGUGGUUAAAGCCUACAGCCCCACCAAAGGGGAAUGGAAGAGGCUGGGGGACAUCCCUAUCGACAGCCGUGCUCUGAAUUACCAGGUGAUCCAGCACAACAACAAGCUGCUCCUCCUUACUCAGACUUUACUGCAGCACAACAAGAACAGGGUCCUUAUCCACGAGUACGAUCCUGCCAGGAACACGUGGAAGAACAUCAUGGCGGUGUAUGUGUCCACUCUGGGACCUGUGUGCGUUUCAACCCGCGUGUACCCAGCGUGCCUAGACUCCGCUCACAGCUUUUCCACAGAGGAGGACGACGACAGCGGCUCCAGUGCCGACUGGGACUUGGACGGGUUGACGGACAUAGAUUCAGAUUCUGGCAGCUCGAGCUCUUUUUCAGAUGAAAACUGGUAGUGAACGUUUCAAAGAAAAACCUCAUUUAUUUUAAAUUUAUUUCAUUUGUUUUGUUCUGUAGUAUUUAGUUCAGUAUUA